CCCCCUUAUGUAAUAUUAUCACAUACCUGGAACGAGGACGAGGUCACCUUCCAAGAUCUUGACGACCCUGACCACACCAAGAAGCGAGGCUAUGCCAAAAUCGACGGUCUCUGCUGCCUGGCGGCCCAAAAUGGCUAUCAAUGGGUGUGGGUUGACACUUGCUGCAUCGACAAGACGAGCAGUGCUGAGCUCUCCGAGGCUAUCAACUCCAUGUAUCAGUGGUACAAAGAUGCCUCUAUCUGCUAUGUUUACCUAGAAGAUGUUCAUCCAGGCGAUGACCCGAGCAGCUUCGACAGCCAAUUUGGCAACAGUCGAUGGUUCACUAGAGGCUGGACGUUGCAGGAGCUUCUCGCCCCCAGAACAGUCGAGUUCUUUGAUGCUGCCUGGAGGGAACUUGGCAGACGUUCUUCUCUGGCGCCGAAAAUCGAGUCCAUCACCAGUAUACCGGCCUACUUCCUGAGAUUCAAUCCCUACUCAGCUUUUCGCGACACCGAGAUCGCUGUGAAGAUGUCGUGGGCCGCUCGGCGGCAGACGAUGAGGGUGGAGGACAGAGCAUACUCUCUUCUUGGUAUAUUCGAUGUGAGCAUGCCGCUGCUCUAUGGCGAGGGGGAACGGGCUUUUGAGAGGCUUCAGAUCGAGAUUAUGAAGCAGUCUUCCGACGAUUCGAUACUCGCAUGGGCAUGUCAGGGC